GGGAUGCCGAGGAGCCUGGGCGGCCUCGCCGCGCGGGGCCCGCGGCCACGGUCGCCGGGCCGGGCCCGGUGCUGGAGCUGCUGGCGGGCCCCGGGGCGGCUACUGCUGCUGCUGUCGCUGCUGCCCGCGCUCUGCUGCCUCCUGGGCGCCGCGCGGGCGGAGGCGUCGGCGGCGGGGGCCGGGGACCGGACGGCGGCGGUGGCGGCUGCGGCGGCGGCGGCAGCGGCAGCGCAGGCGACCGAAGCAGAGGCGCCCUUCGCUGGGCAGAGCUGGCUGAAGUCCUACGGCUACCUGCUGCCCUCAGACUCCCGGGCGUCUGCAUUGCUCUCGGGGAAGGCCUUGCAGUCAGCAGUCUCCACCAUGCAGCACUUCUAUGGCAUCCCUGUCACUGGUGUGCUGGACCAGACAACAAUCGAGUGGAUGAAGAAACCCCGAUGUGGUGUCCCUGAUCAUCCCCAUUUGAGUCGCAGGCGGAGAAACAAGCGCUAUGCCCUGACUGGACAGAAGUGGAGACAAAAGCACAUCACCUACAGCAUUCACAACUACACCCCAAAGGUGGGUGAGCUGGACACCAGGAAGGCUAUUCGCCAGGCUUUUGAUGUGUGGCAGAAGGUGACCCCACUGACCUUUGAAGAGGUGCCAUACCAUGAGAUCAAAAGUGACCGGAAGGAAGCAGACAUUAUGAUCUUCUUUGCUUCUGGCUUCCAUGGUGACAGCUCCCCAUUUGAUGGGGAAGGGGGAUUCCUGGCCCACGCCUACUUCCCUGGCCCCGGAAUUGGAGGAGACACUCACUUUGACUCUGAUGAGCCGUGGACACUGGGAAAUGCCAACCAUGAUGGCAAUGACCUCUUCCUGGUGGCUGUGCAUGAGCUGGGCCACGCACUGGGCCUGGAGCACUCCAAUGACCCCAGUGCCAUCAUGGCGCCCUUCUACCAGUACAUGGAAACACACAACUUCAAGCUGCCACAAGACGACCUGCAGGGCAUCCAGAAAAUCUAUGGACCUCCAGCUGAACCUCUGGAGCCCACGCGGCCCCUCCCCACGCUCCCCGUCCGCAGGAUCCACUCGCCGUCAGAGAGAAAACAUGAGCGACAGCCCAGGCCCCCUCGGCCACCCCUGGGGGACCGGCCAUCCACGCCAGGUGCCAAACCCAACAUCUGUGAUGGCAACUUUAACACAGUGGCUCUCUUCCGGGGCGAGAUGUUUGUGUUUAAGGAUCGCUGGUUCUGGCGCCUGCGCAAUAACCGUGUGCAGGAGGGCUACCCCAUGCAGAUCGAGCAGUUCUGGAAAGGCCUGCCCGCCCGCAUCGAUGCGGCCUACGAAAGGGCUGAUGGAAGAUUUGUCUUCUUCAAAGGUGACAAGUACUGGGUGUUCAAGGAGGUGACGGUGGAGCCAGGGUACCCCCACAGCUUGGGGGAGCUGGGCAGCUGUCUGCCCCGUGAAGGUAUCGACACUGCCCUGCGCUGGGAGCCUGUGGGCAAGACCUACUUCUUCAAAGGCGAGCGGUACUGGCGCUACAGUGAGGAACGGCGGGCCACAGACCCCGGCUACCCCAAGCCCAUCACGGUGUGGAAAGGCAUCCCCCAGGCUCCCCAGGGGGCCUUCAUCAGCAAAGAAGGAUAUUAUACCUACUUCUACAAAGGCCGGGACUACUGGAAGUUUGACAACCAGAAACUGAGCGUGGAGCCAGGCUACCCACGCAACAUCCUGCGUGACUGGAUGGGCUGCAACCAGAAGGAGGUAGAGCGGCGGAAGGAGCGGCGGCUGCCCCAGGAUGAUGUGGACAUCAUGGUAACCAUCAAUGAUGUGCCAGGCUCCGUGAACGCCGUGGCCGUGGUCAUCCCCUGCAUCCUGUCGCUCUGUAUCCUGGUGCUGGUCUAUACCAUCUUCCAGUUCAAGAACAAGGCAGGCCCUCAGCCUGUCACCUACUAUAAGCGGCCAGUCCAGGAGUGGGUCUGAGCAGCCCAGAGCCCUGUCUGUCCACCAGGUCUAGCCAUCCAGGCCCUUCCUCACCAAGAUCUGAGGGGCAGCUCUGGCCAUAGCCCAUUGGGGUCGUAUAGCUGGAGUGAUGGGUGCACUGGCCUAGGCUUGAGUGUGGGAUUGGGAGUGAUGAGGAGCUGGCGCCAGGGUGGGCUUUCCAUCCUGGAUGUACUACCCUCUAUCUGAGGGGACAGGCCAGGCCCCCUCAGGAAGCAGGGACUAUCCCAGGAGGAGGCCCUGUGGUCACUGCCUCCUGUGGUGUCCAGGAGGCACCACAGCUCCCUUCCUGGCUGGAACCUAGCACCCUCUGUGGGAAGCCAGCACUAGCUCUCAUCCCCCAUCUGGGAGAUGCUACCCAUCCCAAUCCCCUUUUGCCAACACCUGCUGGUCAGAUGUCCCCCAUACCACCCCAUACUGCCCUCCAAGGCUACACGACUCUUGCUGCCGAGACAGUGGACAACAAGCCUGGGUUUCCCCUGCUGGCAGACGGCAGAUCCCUCAGGAAACCUACUCCAUCUGUCAGGGUCUCCCCCCAGACCCAGGAUUGAGGGUCAUGUCAUGUGCUGCCUGCAGCGGGGCUGUGGCCCAGCUGGGUCUCACA